GAAAGCCACCAGCGGAAGUGUGACUGCGGCUGUCUUGUUCGCCUUUUAGCUUGAACUUCAUGUGCCAAACUCCUGACCACCGAGUCAUAAAAGAUCAUGAGACUGCUGUCUCGGCAGACAGCGGGGAAAGAGGACAUGUACGGCCGUUUGAAAUUUGACCAAAGUUUUACAGAAACUGCUCUUAAAAGCACAUUUUAUCACCAUUAAACACGAGCGAGCGACAAGGACCGACGGACGGCCAACUUCUCCCCGAGAGACGUGAAAGCGAAGCGAAGAAGGACCCUUCAGAGAAGUACUUUGUGUCUUAAAGACUGGAGGAGUCGCUCUUUUUGGCACCAUGUUAAGGAUUUGCCUGCAGAGAGCUUUCCGCCCGGCUCUCCGUAAGUUACCGAAGGCGGCGGGGACUGCGCGACACGCUCCGAGCUGCUGGAUGGGAACACACGGGAGAAACGAGCCCCUGGAGCCUCUCAACUCCCCCACCAGAGCCAAAGAGUUUAUUUACCGCCUUCACCCCAAGGAGAGGACGUGUUUACUACAGGAGCUGCAGAUCUUCGAGUCCAAAGCACUCGCACAAGAUGAAGUGGAGCCCUCGCCGCCGACGGCAGCCCAGAUCAGAUACGUUUUACUCCACAACGCCAUCCCCUUUGUUGGAUUUGGCUUUCUGGAUAAUGCCAUCAUGAUUGCAGCAGGAACUCAAAUCGAACUUUCCAUCGGAGUCACUCUGGGGAUCUCCACCAUGGCUGCGGCGGCUCUGGGGAACCUGGUUUCAGAUCUGGCGGGGCUCGGUCUUGCAGGUUAUGUGGAGGUUCUAGCCUCCAAACUGGGGAUGCAGGUUCCAGAUCUGACGCCCAAGCAGGUGGACAUGUGGCAGACCAGGCUCAGCUCUCACAUGGGUAAGGCCAUCGGCGUGUCCAUCGGCUGUAUUUUGGGGAUGUUCCCGCUGUUUUUCCUAGGCGACGACGACGAGAAGGAGGACGGCGACGCGCCAUCAGGCUCCUCCUAACACGCCACUACAUCUUCAUAACACUGCUGAUGUCACAGCUCUAAGAAAAGAAAAAAAAAAGUAUUUACAGUCGGACGUUUCUCUGUCAUCCUGCUCGGGCGGCGUACAGUUUGAGGGAACGUAAUUGGCCGCUGACCGCGACCAGAGUUAUUUUUACACCGUCGGCUCCAAGAAAGCGGCAUCUGUUGGUUCAGCGGGAGGUUCAAGCUGCGAUUCUCAUCGAUUCUUCAUAUCAGUCCCAUUCCCAGUGUUCUGGGCGCAAAAGCAGAGAGGAAACGGCCGCAUAGUUGUUAUAAUCUUUAUGGCUGCAGAGUCCCUGCACGCACAUUUUCAGAGUAAUUUAUUUGCCAAAAAAGAGGAAAAGCACACAAUAAAUGCCAAUAACGUCCACUCGUGACCCCCUGAAAGACUGCUAGGAGUAACUAGGAGACAUAAUCCAGGUGAUGGGUCACAGUGAGGGGUUUCUGCCUGUGCAGAAAGUGUUCUAAUAGUCACUGAACCACUUCUGUAUGGAUGUAUUGUGACUCAUCACUAAAGGAGAAAGCAUUAAAUAUGAUUUACUGAAAGCAAAAAGAUCCUUAUUGAUAAUUCAGGCUGAUUUAAAAUCACGAUAAUGUGAAAAAUCUGAUGUUGUUGCAGCCCCAGUGUGGAUGUGGCUCAGACUGUAAAAGCACGUCUUUGUGACACAUCAUCUGAAAUGAGAAUCUGCUCCGCCUCUGUUGAGCAGCACAAAUAGAAAACUGGGUUUAAUUUAGCAGCUAUUCCGCUUUAAUCCCACAUAUCAGUUUAUGAAUAUCCAAAAAUCUCUUGCUGAUGUUAGCGGUUGGUCAUACCUGACCAGGUGAGGCUGCAGAUCUCAGUGCACUGCUCAUUGCCAGCAUGACUUUAUCAGUGUUUGUAGUAAAAACUUGUUUAGCCGAUCUAGGUCACUGCAGGUGGGCAGCAGGUAGCCGAUCGGUGCAGUGCGUGAAUUUGCACCGUUAAUCAAAACGUUUUAAACAUUCAGUUUCAUGGCUUAUCGAAGGUUUGUCGCUUUGUGCUCCAACCGCAUGUUUUCCAACUAUUCCAGCACCACAAACGUCCACAAUAAUGGAUUCACUCCUGGACUCUGUUCCCGCUGUCACAUCACCAGCUCAGCUCUCCGUGCAGUGUGAAGCUAAAGCGCCCAAAUCUGCGAGGAGACCACACGGAAGCUGGGAACAAGUGGAAAUUCACAAAGGGAUACGAAGUAAAGCUGCAGGAGCAGUUUCAAUGGUUUUGCUGCACGCGGUGUUUUGACGCCACAUUUCCUUUCACAGUUUCAGCAGUCAGAGGUUGCUUAGCAUAAAAAAGGGAUCCUGGAGUCUCACGCUGUGAUGUGUCCUAAUUUUAACCUGAUAAAAAGGGAGAUGCGGUGCUGGCGGAGACCCUGGAGAGAGAGGCCUGUGCAAAACGAACAUACGCGUAACCUUGGUGCUGAUUUCGCUGCUUGGCAUUUAAUCCAGUAGUUUUUUCCCCCCGUAUCAGUAUGUUAGUCGAGUUCCCAGAAAUUCACAUGUUCGGCUUUCCUCUCUGCGACUCGGUCCCAGGGGCUGAUGGGAAGAAUCGAUGCUUCUCUGGUGGAACAAAACUUUGAUUUCCCUCCCACAGACGGCUCGUGUAAAUCCGCCCGGGCAGCUCGGAGGAUGGGAAACCCUCUGCAGUCUCAGCACCGCCGGUGUGGUUUAUUCUUCCCAGACAUCGGCGCUGUAGCAGCGACGAGUGUUUCCCAUCCCGACAGCAGAAACACGGACGCGACUGUUUCAGACACUAGCUCACGUUUCGUUUUGAUCUCUGAUUAAUUGGAGGAACAAAAAAAAGAAAAAAGCACAAAUUUUUAAAUUUUCUCUUCAGCAGACACUUUAUACAUUUACAGACUUCAUCUCCAAAAACACUAUUUAUUCAUGAGUCAAAGCAACAAGUGUUUUGUCACGACUUGCUCUGGAAGCGAGCGGACUUCCCCGUCGAGUCGCCGCCAUCCUGCAAAUCUGAAAACGUGUCAUCUGCUACCUCGAGGAAUGAUUUCUGUGUUUGCAUGAACUUGUGUAGCUCUGUAAUCUCAUCAGAUGGUUUUUAUGAGUGCUUAGAGAUGUAGGAGGUGAAACUGAAGUUUCUAUUUUCAGCUCUGGGCUCCGUUCUGAGCUUUCCAAGGUCGCUCUGUAUCUGUUUGUUUUACUUUCUCCACCAUCUUUUCCUUCGUUCUCUCACACGGUCGCUUCACUCGCAUCCAGGUUUUCCUUCUUUUUGUUAGCUUUUGUUUGAUGACUUGAAGCUGCAGAUGGUGCCUGAGAAGGUGCGAUUCAAAGUCAGAGAAGUGGCUCAGACUUUGUCACCAUUAAACACUCCAGCUGUCGACAGACCUCUAAGGUGCUUCUUAUAACGACGCUGAACCCUCUUCAUCCUCAGACGCCCGCGCCCCCAGCUUCCUGUCUCAGUGUUUUGUUUGCUGCUUGAUUUGGGCUUCCACAGUGACUCUUUUCUUAUUGAUCAGCAGCUUCAUCAUUUUUAGAUUUAACAAACUGUCAGAAAUCAUCUUAUUAUUCCAGGAGCUGCUGAGACUUACUUGGAUAAUUCAGAUUCUCACAUUUUAGAGGCAAAAAUCAGAUUGUUUUUGUUUCUAAUAGGUGAAAAUGUCUUUGCCAGCUGCUUAAAACACACAGUGAGUAUUUUCAGGCUGUUAGAUGUUUAGAAGGACUUCUCUUCCUCCUGCAGUCUUCUAUCAGCUCAUUCUACAUCAGACAUCUUUCCCUACGAGGUGCUCGACCUGUCACCCUGUGACAGCUGGGAUAGGCUCCACCCCUCUGUUCUCUGCUGGGCUUUGAUGUCUGAUCAGUGCAAUAAUGUGCAGUUUUUGUUCAAUAUGUUUUGUGCAAUCCAAAGCAAACUGAUGGAUAAUUAGAGAACGUUGGCUGCGGUGUGGUUCAGCAGUUGCGAGAUGAAGGUUGAUCCAGGUCGAUCAUCACAGCAUCAUUAUCUUGUUUUUAUCAGCCUUACAUUCUUCAGACGUCCUCCCGCCAUCACAAGUUUCCUGAUAAAAACUGUGAUGUGUGGUUUUGAGUCCUGCUGUUUUUCUAGCAGAUUAUGAAAUGUUUGUCUUCAGAGGGACGGAGACGCUUUAAGCACGAAUCCCAACGCAUCCUCUGAAUUAAAGGAAUUAAGAGCUGUGAGCUCAGACAGAAAUGUUUGCACGGUGUUUUAAUGAGGGUUUGGACUCGACUGCAGGAGACAUUCAAGUUUGUCGUUGGAUUAACUGUAAAAGCCUCGAGGGAAGUGAGCUCUUUGUCUGCCCGUCUCAUUAGGACAGAUUAGUUAAGUCUGAGUCUGUGUGAACCUGGUAAAACUGAGGAUGCUUCAGAGAACUCGUUUGCUUUUCUGUCAUCUCAUGUUUGUGUUUAUUUUACACGAGGAAAAGAUUUUAAUCAAACUUUGUUUGUUUUGCUUUUUUAAGAUGAUAUUUUCCUUCAUUUAAUUGUGUGAAGUCAUCCUUUGAAGCCUAUAAACAAGAAGUUUGUCAUGUAAGGCUGUCGGGUAAAGGAAUGCCGUGCUGUGCUGCCAUCUGGUGGACAGUCUGGAACAGCCGCUGCGCACUGAUGCAUGUACAGUAUGUACCGAACAACCUGGACUGUUGAAGGAUGAUGUGUGGAUGUAUUUUGCAACAUUAUGUGCAAUUAAAACAAAAGUAAAUGAA